AUGGCACUGCACUUGCCUCCAAAAUAUGUUUUCGCUUCGGUCCUUAUCGCCCUUGGUGGUUUCUCCAACGGCUAUGAUACGGGCUCGAUUGGCGCGUUGCUUUCCAUGGCACAGUUCAGCCAAUCGAUAGGCCCACUGUCCCCAUUUCUGUUAGGAUUCACAGUCGCGCUCAUGAUGCUGGCGGGUGUCCUUCCAUCUCUUAUAGCCGGCCAUAUGGCGGACCGAUCUGGUCGGUUGCGAAUAAUCUUGCUUGGUGCGGCGUUGUUUGCAGUCGGGUCACUUCUUCAGGGCAUAGCACCACGGCUGGCGCUCUUCAUGGCAGGCCGAGCACUAGCUGGGGCCGGUCAAGGGAUUUUUCUCGGACCCAUGAGCGUCUACAUAUGUGAGAUUGCCCCCUUUCGAUUCCGCGGCGCUCUCGCGGGACUACCGCAGUUUUUUGCCGUAACGGGCACCUGUGCUGGCUACUUUACCUGCUACGCUACCGUUGCUAUUCCUUCUAGCAUAGCAUGGCGACUACCGCUGCUUGCCCAAUGCGUGUUCUCCUCUUGCCUGGUCAUCAGCUGCCUUACUCUACCUGAGUCCCCCCGCUGGUUGAUCCUCCACGGCCGACGCACUGAGGCUCGACGCUCCUUGCAGCGUCUACAGUUUCCUUUGGACGAAGUCGAAAGCAGCUUCACCGCUACCGAGCACUUCUCCAACCUGUCGCCCUGGCAGAGUUUUAUGCUGCUAUUCUCUCGAGCGUAUCGACCACGCACUUUGUUGGGACUAUUUGUUUUGGGAAUGGUACAGCUUUCGGGGAUAGACGGGGUUCUGUAUUACGCGCCCACCCUGUUCGCCCAGGCCGGCCUAUCUUCCGCGACCGCCUCAUUUCUGGCCUCUGGAGUAUCCGCGAUCCUAAUGCUGGCCGUCUCUAUCCCCGCCUUCCUGCUGGCGGAUCGCUGGGGUCGUCGUACAUCGGCCAUAACGGGAGGGCUUGUUCUCGCGACAUGCAUGCUUCUCAUCGGAGGCCUCUAUGCUGCUGGGGUGGUACAUCAAACCGGUGCGGCGCGGUGGGUGGUUAUCACAGCAGUCUAUGUAUUCGGACUGGCAUAUUCGGUCAGCUGGGCAAUCAUGAGCAAAAUCUACGCCAGCGAAAUCCAACCAGCCCAUGUGCGCGCGUCCGCCAAUUGCGUGGCGCAAGCGUUGGCUUUUUUCACGAACUGGUUGGUCGCAAUUAUCACUCCAAUCAUCCUGGACAAAUCGCCCUUCGGGGUGUAUUUGCUAUUCGGUGGCUUGGCGCUAGGCACCGUCGCCUUCCUGGCGGCUUAUAUGCCCGAAACCCGCGGCCGGUCUCUGGAGGAAAUCCAGGUCGCGUUCCAACAGCCAAGUCUGCAACUGAGGGACCUGAAGCGAUAUGUGCGGGACCUUGUCACUUUGCGGGCUCGCGGCAACAACUAG